AUGGGGCCCCAUGAGAUCAGUUCCAGUUUCAGCCGUUCAUCCGAUGAGCUCCAGAGCACUCCCACAAAAGAAUCAGCAACCACCACAUCCGACUAUCAGGCCAAACGACAGCAUUCUUUUACCUCACGCAGAGAGUCACUAACGGCGGCUGAGCGUGCGAGGCGCAAUUUGAACGCAAAGCUUGCCAACCCUCUUGCUGGGUUGAGCCAUGCAACCCUUAGAUAUCGCGGAGGCCGAUAUGCCCGGAAGUACCAGAUUGGAGACGACGAGGAUAUCCGCGCAUUCGAAUUGGGAGCUGUCCUGGCGCAGGACCCUGAAAAAUUCGAGGAUGUUGAGGGGCUAACGGAGGAGGAAUUGGGGGUCCUACGGCGGGAGUUUUCGAAUCGGUGGUCACAGCCGCGGGAGAUGUAUCUGGUUAUUAUCCUGUGUUCUAUAUCUGCUGCUGUCCAGGGGAUGGACGAAACCGUCGUUAAUGGUGCCCAGAUAUUCUACAAACCACAGUUCGGCAUUAACGACGAUGACUUUAGAUCUACCUGGCUUGCAGGCUUGACAAAUGCGGCACCAUACCUCUGCUGUGCUCUAAUUGGGUCAUGCUUUUGGCAAGGCUUCGUCAACACAUGGUGGCAUAUGUUCAUCGCCCGCUUCGCAUUGGGGUUUGGCAUUGGCCCUAAAUCUGCCACGGUUCCGAUUUAUGCGGCGGAAACUAGUCCUCCCGCCAUUCGAGGUGCGUUGGUGAUGCAGUGGCAGAUGUGGACUGCAUUCGGAAUCAUGAUGGGUUAUGCCUCAGAUUUGAUAUUCUUCAACGUCCCGGACACCCAGUAUGUUACAGGUCUAGGUUGGCGGUUGAUGAUGGGAUCGGCCAUGUUUCCAGCAAUAAUAGUUUGCUGUAUGGUGUUCCUUUGCCCUGAGUCUCCUCGAUGGUAUAUGAGCAAAGGGAUACACCAUAAAGCAUUCAAGUCGAUGUGCCGGCUGCGAUUCAACAAGGUCCAAGCUGCCCGUGAUCUGUUCUACAUGCAUACCUUGCUAGAAGCAGAAUCGACGAUGAAGCUGGGCCAACCCAAGCUCCUAGAACUAAUCACAGUUCCACGAAAUCGGAGGGCUUUGGUCGCCUCUGAAAUUGUCAUGUUUAUGCAACAGUUCUGCGGUGUUAAUGUGAUUGCAUACUACUCAUCCGAAGUGUUUCUCCAGGCGGGUUACUCCGAGCUAGCAGCCCUAGCCGCCUCUCUAGGGUUUGGACUGAUCAAUUGGCUAUUCGCUCUUCCCGCCGUAUAUACAAUCGAUACCUUUGGUCGACGCAACCUCCUUCUCGUCACGUUCCCACUGAUGGGCCUCUUUCUACUGCUCACCGGUUUCGCAUUCUGGAUUCCAGACCACACCGCGCAAACAGGCUGCGUGGCGUUGGGGAUCUACCUUUUCGGUAUCGUCUACUCCCCCGGAGAAGGGCCCGUACCUUUCACGUAUUCCGCAGAAGCCUACCCGCUAUAUGUCCGAUCAUACGGUAUGGCACUCGCUACCGCAACGACAUGGUUUUUCAACUUUACCCUUGCAAUAACGUGGCCCAGCUUAUUGAGGGCAUUUACACCGCAGGGCGCAUUCGGAUGGUAUGCAGGGUGGAAUAUCAUAGGCUUCGUCCUCAUAUUACUCUUCAUGCCUGAGACAAAGGGGAAGACGCUUGAAGAGCUAGACCAAGUGUUCUCUGUACCCACGCGGAUACAUGCCCGCUGGGCACUGAAGCAUAUUGUCUACGUUGUCAGAAAGCACAUCUUCAGGGAAAAGGGGCUGAAGGAGGUUUUGCUGUAUGAAAAGGCCGUCGAUAAACCGAUAUCGCACGCGAUGGAGGAACGUCUAGUGGGCUCGGCGCGGGCGCAGUUCCAGCUUUCCGGGCAAAACGACUCGAAGACCAACGCGACGUUUCUUCUUCCUCCAGAGUCUGCGCAGACCACGCGCCCACCAUGGCCGGGUGAGACGCCAUGGGCUCAGGGCAAAGGCGCGGUUUCGGUAGAGUUCGAGACGCCGUGCAAGCAGUGCUUUGAGGCGGACCAGGAGUCCAAUGUUAUAUUUAACCUCCAGCUUGCACGGACAAACAACGUUUGUGGCGAGAGUGAUGUGCGACUAAAUGACAAAAAACUGAACUUCACCUGGGAUGGUGCAAAUGCUGCCGGAGAAGGGGUGAUUAAAGCCCAGCUGGCGAGAAGAAAAGGCGAUGUCGCCUUACAUCUAUAUUGGCGAAGCCUGUGCAUUGCCAGUCCCAAGGGUUCCAUCGAAAAUUAUGCUGCCCAGAUACUCACUUUCACAUUUUAUCCUGCGGGCCAGGACGAAGGAAACGUCACGUCCGGGUUUGCAGUCUCCUUUAAUUCUGUGGACAAGCCGGAGAUUCUACGUCUCAUAACGUCGCCAGUGCCAAUCUCCAAGGAAGCAUCUAUCCUAGAGACCUGGCUGAACGCCGGUAGCAAAGACAAGCUGCAGCAAGAGAGCCUAUUCAAAGAGGGCCCCGUCACAGAUGCAGAGCUAGAGGAAGAACUUACAGAAUUGCAUAAACUAAGGGACCAGGCCAAGACCCUCGCCGACCUUAUCCAGGAGAAGGACGAACGAAUCCGAGACCAUCUCUUUAGGGAUUGCAACGAUCUCACCGCGCAGCUCAAGGUAUGCAAGUCUUUACGGUGCUUCAUAUCAGCUACCUUUAACCUUGUGCCGGAUAUGUUCCGCAUGAUGAAGCAUCGCUUUGGACCGCUGCCAGCAUCCUUAGCCGAUAGCCCUUGUCGACAGACUCCCAAGGCUCGACAAAAUGGUGUAUCUAGCGACCAGUCCAAGGGGAAUAGCACAACACCCCAUGAUAUACCUCGACUGACCACGGUUAAAAAUACCACCACCGCAACAACAACUACUACUACCAUAGACUCCUUACCAACUCCCAGCAUGGGUUGGUCAGAGGCGCCAAAGCCGCCUCCAUCCAACCAACUACCCUCCCGCUCGGCCAUAAUAAAACAUGUCAUCCGGGAUUUUGCAUUCGUAUCUCUUUUCGUGGCUGUUAUGUACAUGCUCUUGAAACAUUGCGGUAAUUCGCUAAGCUGCCGACGUCGCCGAGUAGAUAUGUUAGCUCGCCGAGAGGAGCGCCGCACACUCCAUGCCUAUCGAGCUGCUGCGUGUCGCUAUCGAUUCCGCCAAUGGUGGCACAGGCUCCUAGGCCGCGAAGACAUGUCUCCAAUCAUUCAAUCCCCAACUAGCCCCAGCGGAGACCAACACUGUGAUAACAUCCGAAUCACAAGCCUAGAGUCUGACUCUUCCGUCAUCGAGUCUGACAAUGGCACCAUGCCGAAUGAAAUCUUGGGACUGCGACGAGUAUUCGAAUUCGUCGGAGAACUUGUGAAUCCUAACGGCGCAGAAGCCCGAGCCGACCGAACACGGUCAAGGGUUGUUACUCCCCAAGAUAUCACAGAGAUAACCGCGCGUAGAUUUACAGCGGGGACGCCAGCGCCUUCAUCUACCGCGCCACUAACCACAAUCGGCUCUCCAAGGACAAGCAUUAGCAUCCUUAGUUAUGAGACUGAUUCCGAAGAUACGGUCGAUAGCCUCGACCCAGAAACAGCCACGAUGGUGAGUGGAUAG